GGCUCUCGUGGCUCUUACGUUUCGGCCUCGCCUACCACAUCGGAGUGGAAGCGGGACCCGUCGGGCGCCCGGCACUAUGUGGGCCACCGCGCUUCCCCGAGCACGGCUCCCCGGGCGCGGGCGCGCGCGGGGUGCCGCAGCAGCAAUCACACCGAGAACGCAUGCAGCACCAGCGGCAUGCGCAGGUCGCGGGCGGACGUUGCGAAGGCGGCGGCCCAGUCAUCGCCGCCGCCUGCGCCCAAGCCGCCGGUCAACAACGUUUCCCAGCAGCUCCAGGCGGUUGCGGCGGAGCUGUCACAGGCAGCCGGCGUUUCUGCAGCCACAAGCUGCGAGACGCCCCCGCAGACGCCCCCGCCCCCCACGGCGUCGCCAAGCCCAGCGAAGCGGUCUCAGAUGGUCGACGCGGCGAAGAAGCUCGAGGCCGCGCUGGCAGCCGCGCCGGAAGGGCCAGGGCUCGAGGAAGCACGACGGCAUCUCCAGGUCCAGCUCGACGCGAAGCGCAAGGAGCUUGGCGACACGCGGCCGCUCGGAAAGCGCCUCGACGGGGCCAAGGCGGCCCUCGAGCGCGCCUAGGCCCGGCAGGCGGCUGCGGAGGAGAGCC